AUGGCAGGUUGGGCACUCGAGCGCGGUGUGGCCGCCGUUUCAGCGAGAAGAAAAGCAGUUCGCUCAAUGGAAGGGCGCGGACGAAAGGUGACCAUCAUGAUCAGGAUGAGGGCGAGCAUGGGUGAGUCAGACCAAGGUGGCGAUGCCGACAGCAGUGCCGAUGUGACAAUGCUCAAGGUCUACCAAAUGGGUGGUGAGUGCAAUUCAGCCUUCGGCGCCAUUGGCCACCUCCCGUUCCACUUCCUCUACCAAGACCUCAACAGAGUGGAUGUGACCGCCCUGAUGGUGAAGGCCCACGUCUUCAUGGACACGCCUCUGCGGGACACGCUCUCGCGGGAGGCCCACGAGUUUGUCUGGUGCCAGGAGGAGCCGGACUGCGGUGUUCUGAUUCUGUCCGAGUUCUCCGGCUCCGCACAGUCGCUUCGCGCCGCUGCCAUCUGUGUGAACCCUUGGGACACCACGGCCUUCGCCGAUGCCAUCCAGGAGGCCAUCGAGAUGGAGUUCCAGGAUCGCCGUGAGCUCCACCUCUACGGCCAGAAGCACGUCUUCGAGCACACGCAGAGGCGAUGGGCGGCCAACUUCCUGGAUGAGAUCGUUACUGCUGAGCGGGAAUGCGAAGAUGAGCGACUGCAGAUUCCUCCUCCGUUGGACCACGACCACCCAGUCGCGGCCCUGCGGAAGGCAAGCAGACGAAUCUUCGUCUUCGGCUUCUCAGGCACUCUUCUUCCCAGGAAGUCCAAGAUCCAAGCCAAGCUCCUGCCAAAGUUGCACCCUGUGCUGUUCGGGAACCACAGAAGUCCAUACAACCCCUUUCUUUUGUCAGAGAGCCGUCUCGCCGCUCGAAUGGCGGGCACCAAGCGGAAGUCCCCGGAUUCCCCGCCGCCGGGGCCGGGAGACUCCGGCGACCGCUGGGUCUGCUUCAUCCGGCAUGCCCAGGCGCUGCACAACGUUUGCGAUGACAACCUCUGGACUCCAGACAACCCGCUCACGGCGGAGGGUGAGUCGCAAUGCGCAGCCGCCCACACAGAGUGGGGUGCGAAGGUCUUUGGUGAUGCUGACCUUAUCGUGGUGUCGCCCAUGACCCGGGCUUUGCAGACGGCCUACCUGAUCGGAGGUCUGAAAGCCGAGGAUCCCCGGAUACUCGUCUCUCCGAUGUGUGCGGAGCACCUCAGUGGCGCGACCUGCGAUGAGGGGAGGAGCUUAGAGGAGCUCCGGAAAGAGCUGCCCUGGGCCAUGGGCUGGCGGGGUCUCGCUGAGCUGGAGGAGGAGUGGUGGAAGGCGCAACGACCAGAGGAGCCCCUCCGAGCGGCCGCCUUUUUGGACUUUCUCCGGGCUCGCACAGAGUCGCGGAUCGUAGUCGUCUCUCACGGUGCCUUCUUGGGCUACAUUGUCGGCUACCACAUGGACAAUGCAAAGAAGCACAUGAUGAACCCCGACGAAGUGCAAGAGUCGAAAAAGUCCUGUCAGAGGUCUUGCUUCAACAUUGGCUUCGCUGUUUGCAACGAGUACGAAGACGCCCCGCUGAAGAUUCUCGCAAAGGCCCCGUUGACGUGCCUGCAGGGCCUCGGACGGAAGAAGGCCUCGAUGAUUGCCACGCUGGGUCCGAAGACCGUGUCGGACCUUGCGUCCUGGAAGUUCGCACGCUGGGCCGAGGCCAUUGUAAUCCUCGGCCCGAAUGAGCAGGACGGCAACCGGGACGUCAGCAAGCUGCAGCGGAAGAUGAACAUUAACAAGGCUCUUGACAAGGAGUGGGAGGGGUGGGCCAUGUCCUUCCUCCUGGAUGCUCCUCCGAGUGCCUUCGCAGGUCUGACGCCUGCGAAGGAUCCGGUCUUCAAGUCCAUCGGCAUCAAUAACAUCAAGGAUCUGGGCGAGUGGAAGUACUAUCGAUGGGCGAGAGCCAUCUGCACUUUAGCAGAGGUGGAAAGCGAGAACGGCGCAUCCUGA